CCGCGCUCACCGGACGAGGCGAACGUGUGUGUUUAAUUUUAUAUUCUCUGUGUUUGUACCUAUUCGUGUAUAUAUGUGUGCGUGAGAGAGUGGAGUGUUAUCAAGAGAGGAGGAGAGGCGUCGUUUCUCUCAUUCGCAGGAGGAGGCAUAUCCCGAGCGUGAGUCACUCUACAUAACGGAUUCGCUGGUCGUCUGGCGUAAUACAGCGGCGGCGGUGGCGGCGGCGGCGGCGGCGGCGGCGGCGGCGGCGACGGCGACGGCGAAAGAAGUAGGCGGACGAAGGAGGUGGGAGGGAUGGUGAGCUCCCGAACGCCGGGCCUGAGGAGCAGCGCCGCCGCGGGUGUCGAGGGCCUCAUGCAGCAGAACCACUCCAGUAGCGUCCUCGCCGCUGGCGGACCACGCCAGCCAAGUUCGUCGACUUGGAGCCAAAGCGAGCCAACCCUGCUGACCACUAACAGCAACAACUCGACGGCAACGUCGGUACGAGCCGAGAGCCCGAGUAUAAGUGCACCAGCUGUGCUUGUCGGUCCGCAAACGCUUGGCGAGGAGCAAUACGAGGCAUUCGGUGUCGUCGACGAUCCCGAAGAUUCGCCGUCGCAAGGUAGUGGCUCGCCAGCUGCUUCGCCCAUUGCCGGCGUCAAUCCUAACAGAAAUCCACGGAGUCCAAACUCGAUGCUCCUAAACAGAAAUACGUGGCUGCGGACAUCACUCGGACGCUCGCCAGCUGGCGCCAGCAGGAAGCGGCUAAGUUCCAAUGCCUUAGCUAGCCAACUGUACAGGAGCAGCAGCUUUAAUAGCUCCGGCCGCGGGUCCAUCUGCGACACGGCCGACGACGUGUACAGCGACGUUUCCCUCGAGGAGGAUGUCAUCGACCUGAAUCAUCGAGUCCAAAUGAUUCAGGAGCAGAUGCAUGCCCUCGCGGAUACGCAGUCGGCCGGCGAAGAAAGAUACGCCAGGGUCAAACAAGAUAAUGCUACCCUGCAGGCGAGGAUACUUAUGCUGGAAGAGGCGGCUAAGGACGCCGAGGCUAGAGCUGAAGAGAGACUGGAGACAGAACAACGAAGGCAUCGAGAAUGGGCAUCACGCCUCGAGCGCGAAAAAGAGCUACAGCUGGAGAACUGCGCGAUAAAGCUGCAAGCCGCCGAAGCGGAAACAGCGCGAACGAAGGACGAAGCGAAACAUCUACGCGAGCAGCUGGAAAAGUUACGCGCGGAGAAAACGAAUUUGGAAUUGGCACUGGAGGAAGCACAACACGAAGUUGAGCUUGCAAAAGAAGCGGAAAGACGCGCAGCACAGAGUUUCUCCGAAGCUAAUAGGAGUUUGAUGAGGGCCGAAGAAGAGCUCGCUCAGAGGAUCGAUGCUGAGAAGAGAUUUGAAGAAAUCACUGAAGAAUUGGCAAAUUUGCGGGUCAGGAAUAAAGCUUUAGAAGAAUCUCGAGAUGAGCUGCAAGCAGCCGCAGCAGCGUUACAAGCAGGCCGUGAACUAUUAAUGCCAAGUGGACAAGACCCAAAUGACAAUACAAUCAAUAGGAAAAACAGUCCAAGUCUCGCGACUGAACUACUCUUGACCGGAUCCACGCAUGACGAGACUGAUAGCGAUACUGGAAAGCCUGACACCGCCGAUUAUUGUGAUAAUAUUACUACUCUCGCUGAGGCGAAACAAAAAUUGCGAGAAAAAGAUGAAGUAAACGCGCGUCUCCGAGCCUACAUUGACGGCAUGUUGCAAACAAUCGUGGAGAAUCAUCCAGAGCUUCUAGAAGUAAAGCGUCCUCACUGACAUAGGAUUCCAGUUGCGUUCGGUGUGUCGCUUAAUCACCGAUCAAGCAACGUCAUACGAAGUAGCAGUACAAUUAUGCAAACUACUGCUAUCGCCACGGUGCCGAAACUACAAGAACGAGAUCACUAUAAUCAUCUUCAUCAUUACGGCAACUGUUCAGAAUGUCCACCAGUAAGCCGUUACUAAAAUCAUCGUUUUAUCAUGGACGUAAUUGAAGAAAGACUUAAAACAUGCAAUAUUUCGUUGCAUAAUGGAAUGGAUAAUGAAAAGAGACGAUCGAAUGAGAUUAACCAAAUUUUUACAGUGAAAAACAAAUGAAAAUCCUUUGUUAACAUGCAUCAUGUUCUAUUUACACACGGAAUGUGUAAAACCUGUGAUGGGAUUAAACAGAGCUUCGUAUUUCUGUACAUACGAUUUUAAUUAUUGUUUUUCUGUAUAAGCGACAAUUAAACGAUUCUAUUUUUUAUG